AUGCCGAGCGUGGGCGCGUUCGACGCGACGCACGCGCCGGCGCCGGUCCCGAAUCCGCCGGGCGCCCGGACGACGUCGUCGUCUCCGAAACGACGCGUCGGAGGAGGAGAAGUCAACAACGCGCCAAAGCCCCCAGUCCUCGCCGCCGCCCUCCCGAUCAACUUGAACGACGACGACGCGUGGCGCGCGGCGUACGUCCCCGCGCUCGCGUCUCUCCUCGCGACGCCCGCGUCGUCCCCGCGCGAGUCCGCGUCCAGGCUCAGCGCGCUCGCGCGCUCCGGGCUGCUCGAAUUCACGGAUCUCAAGACGCGCCCGGACCGCUUCUUCCUCGCCCAUCGCCUCCUCGUCGAGCACGGGUUCGAGCAAGGCCCGGGGUUCAGCAUCCGAUUCACGGUGCAGUUCAACCUCUUCGCGGGGACGAUACUAGAGCUCGGCUCCGAGACGCAUCUCGAGGAGCUCACGCGCAUGCGUCGCGACGGAACCUUGGGAUGCUUCGCGCUCACGGAGCGACUCGCGGGGGUCAACUCCGGGCUCGUCGUGCAGACCACGGCGACGUACGACCCGACCGCCGACGCGUUCGUCUUGCGCACGCCGCACGCGGGGGCGACGAAGAACUGGAUCUCGCAGGGGCUCACCGCGACGCGAGCGGUCGUCGUGGCGGAUCUGAUCGUGGACGGCGCGAGCACGGGGCCGCACGCGUUUUUGAUCGCGUUGCGGCGAGACUCAGACGCGCCGCCGUCGCGGGGGAUCACGCUGACGGACAUGGGGACGAAGACGACCGGGAACGACCUGGACAACGCGUCCAUCGCGUUCGACGACGUGAUCAUCCCGCGGAGUGCGCUCCUGGAUAAGCACUGCGACGUGCGGAGGGACGACGCGACGGGACGGGGGGUGUACGGCGCGAAGGGCGACGGCGCGCCGGCUUCCAACAUGGAACGCAUCGGUCAGGCGCGUUUAUCUCGCCGGCUCUUCACCGGGCGCGUCGCCGUCGCGCAGGGCGCGCACGAGUUCCGCAAGCGCCUCUUCGCGCGCACGCGAGGCGUCACGGACGAGAAGCCGUGCUGGGCCCCCGGCGGGGGCUCGCACAGCGCGAAGACGACGCUCGUGCUCAGCGGCGUCCCGCAACUGCGGGCGCUGUACGUCGAGGCGGAUGACAGCGAAGCGCGGACGGGAAAAUUUCUGAGCGAGGUCGAGAAGGCGCUCUGCGCGACGCUGCGCGCGUCCACGCGGCCGUCGGUCGAUCUCGUGGAGGCCGUCGCCGCCGCGAAGAUCGUCGCCGUGGACGAGGCGAUCGCGUUCACGCACCGGCUGCGGCAAGAGGUUGGGUCGUACGCGCUCAUGGCGGGCACCGGGUUCGAGCACACGGAUUUUCUCCAGUGCUGCAAAUUCGCGGAGGGAGACAGCCGGGUGUUGAUGAUGAAAGUCGCGCGCGAUCGCGUCAAGCGCGCGGCGACGCGCGGCGCGCUGCCGCGCGGGACGACGAGGAGAGAGUACGACGCCGUGCACGCGCUGCAGAGGGCGCUGCGAAGGGCGGAGGAGAGAGGCGCGAAGGGCGCCGCGGCGUGGGAGGCGGCGUGGUUCGAAGCGUACGAAGCCGCGAGGGUGGUGGUCGACGCGACCGUGGACCGGUGGGUCGGGGGUGAGACGCGCGAGGGCGGCGCGCGCGGCGCCUCGAAGCUGUGA